ACUCGGGGUUUAUCACUCGAGAGCGUCACAUGCGCGUCUAUCUUAAUCAAACAAGAUAGAAAAUGUCGUGUUUUGUAUUGGUUAUGUAUAAUGUGCAUACGGCACUAUAAUGUCAUCAUUUUAUCCCGACUCGGGUUUUAUACUCUACGGCGUCUAUGUCUACUAUAGGCUUAUUUAUGCGAGCGCGCGAGCGCCAUGUGUGGGGUAUCAGCAGCCGUGAGUCAGGUUCUAUAGCCUCUCCAGUCCAUGCUUAGCCAAGCUGGAGGAACAUCAUCUCGUGGUGCCUCUGCUGGCGCUCAAGUAUCAGAGGAUAGUUACAACGGAAAGAAAGUUGGUUACAAGAAAAAUAAUAUUCCAAUCCGAGUUAAAGAAAGUUUAUUACCCGAAUAAAAAAAAUCUUUAUCUAAGACUAAUGUCGAAAAUUAUUCGCUUUUAAUUAUAGCACCUAAUUAUUAUUAUUAUUCUUUGCUUAUUUUAUAACACGUUUAUAGUAUAAUUUCGCGUCGUGGAAAUUAAGCAGAGCUGCGCUAUAGGUCGUCGCUGGCCCUAGACAGCCAAGAUGACGGAGUCGUAUGAGAUCAAUGGACUGCAGGAGAAAGAGGAGUGGGACGUCGUCAGAGAGAAGCCGCAGGAGAGGCCGGAGGAACCCAGACCGGAGCGGAUAAGAAGGCUGGCUCGACAGCUGGGCCUGGUAUCAUUGGCAAGCUUCUCUUACUUCUCUUUGGGCGCGGCGUUGCCCUGGCCCUCUCCGGCACUCUCUGAUCUGGCCGAAAAUAAUAGCACGCUGUUUGGCACCGAGAUCUCCUUAAACUCCGCCGAGAAGGACAUGACAGGUAGCUUGCUGUACUUGGGGACGUUGGUGGGGGCUUGGGUUUCUGGCUGGGUGGUGGCCAAGAUCGGACGUCUCCGCUCCAUGCAAGCGAUCGUGGUUCCUUACCUGGGAGGCUGGAUCAUUGUUGCCCUCGCCCCCAGCACACCGGUCCUACUUAUUGGCAGAUUCAUCAUUGGUUUGGCCUGCGGAGGAACUACGAUUGCCGGAUACAGUUAUGUGAUCGAACUAUCUGACGUGAGCGUUCGUGGUAUGGCGGCCACUAUCCCUACCAUGGGUGUAGUGCUGGGCGGACUCUACACCGUCUGCUUCGGAUAUGUCCUUCCUUGGCACUACCUCAGCAUGAUCUGUGCCCUACCUCCCUUGUUAUUCUUCCUGGUAACUUUCGUCCUUCCAAUGUCUCCAUCCUUCCUGGUGGUGCAGGGGCGACGUCAGCAAGCCAUCGUCAUCUUGAAACAACUGCGAGGGAACUACGCGAAUGUCGAACUUGAGGUUUCAGAGCUGGAGCGUCGUAAUGCCGUCAGCGACGACGGCAGGAGAGGAGGCUGGCGCGACCUACUACAGAGGGACGUGUUGCGACCAAUAAUCGUGGUUGUGGUACUUUUCCUUCUAAUGCAGCUGUGCGGGAACUUCGUAUUCAUGAUAUACACGGCGCGGAUCCUCGAAGCCACGGGGGCUCCUAUGGAUCCCGAUGCCAUCACUGCCAUCGCUGGGGCUCUCAGAGUAGCAGGAACACUAGCCGCCAUUCUCUUGUUGGACAUCGUCGGACGGCGGUACCUGCUAAUUAUCAGUCACGCCAUCAAUGCUGUCUGCCUGAUUAUCCUAGGCGCCUACGCUCACCUGGCUGAUAAUGCUGAUCCUGACGACACCACUUAUAAGGAGCUCACGUGGGUGCCAACGGUGUGUGUGACGGUAGCUCUCUUCAUCUGCGACAUCGGUGUCCACCCCGUUCCUUACAUCGUCGCCUCAGAGUACUUCCCCACUCGCAUCCGUGCCCAGGUGGGUCCACCUCCACUUCGUCUGGAGAAACUUUUAAUGCGUUGUGACAUGAUUCCACAAUUUUUUUUUCUUCUCAAACAUUAUUCCAUCGUAUACAAGCAUAUCCCAAAUCAAACAUGUCCGGAAAUAUGUAUUAUUCGUAGUGGCAAUAUAUUCUCAUACUUCUUCACUAGCUUUUAUAUAGUUAUAUGCCAUUAUAUGUCAUUAACACCAACAUUAUUCCUAUUAUGACCACCACAAACCCAUGGAGCCCUUGCAUCCCCAACUUCCAGUGGCCAUACUGUUACUCCAAUCACCAUUACUAUUUCCGUCAAUCACAAUCACUAAAAAAAAUAUCACCCACAAUCGCCAUUACCACCAACACCAUUGCCUACAAAUCACCAUCACCUACUUGCUAACCCAUCAACAGCCACUUCAUUAACGAGGAAAAAAAUAUUUAAUAAGCCCCCAGUUUAUCGCUACACAAACACCAGUAUGAGAGGCAGGAAAUGGAGUUAGGAAGGAACAAGAUGCGAAACCAAGGCAAAAGGAUAAUCGGGUACAGCAAGAUAGUGGACCUAAUCAGACUGGCGAGGAAAUAGACCAGGAGAAUGUGUCUGUGUGACUAGACCAACACUCACAGUUGCUACCCUUCUAGAAUGGGAGUUGUCUAGAAUGGGAGUUGUCUAAAGGAGAAGCUACCCUCGGGAAAGAUAUUAAGCAGCCCAGUAGAAAUGAGUAAUCUAGUAAGCAUCCUUCAGUCUCGGGAGACUAUGGAGUUGCGCCCUGGUCGUCAAUCCUGGUGCAGCGUCUGGUGUGACUGAUGAGGCCAAUCCGAGAGUCGCAG